AUGUCUGCCCUCUGGUCCGGCUGGGGCGCCGACCCUUUCUCGGAGCAGGUGGAAAAGGCCACCUCGGAGCUGCUGCCCGCUGGCCAGGAGGACAUCGCACUCAACCUCGACAUCUGUGACCAGGUCAGGGCCAAGCAGGUCCAGCCAAAGCAGGCCAUGCAGGUCAUCAAGCGCCGCGUCAGUCACAAGAACCCAAACGUCGUCCUCCUCGCCCUCGGCCUCACCGACAUCUGCAUCAAGAACGGCGGCGACCACUUCCUCCAGGAGGUCGCCUCGCGCGAGUUUAUGGACAACCUCGUCUCGGUGCUUCAGAACCCCGCCGGCGUCAACCACGACGUAAAGGCAAAGGCCCUCGGCCUCAUCCAGAACUGGGCCCAGAUCGCAGAGCAAAAGCCCUCCCAGAUGGGCUACAUCAACGACGUCUACCGCACCCUCAAGGGACAGAAGUUUGAUUUCCCGCCGCGCGAUCCGCACGCCGUCGCAUCGGCCGCCCUGGUGGAGACCCUCACCGCGCCCGAGUGGGUCGACGGCGACGUCUGCCUCCGCUGCCGCACCGCCUUCACCACCUUCAACCGAAAGCACCACUGCCGCAACUGCGGCAACGUCUUCUGCCAGCAGUGCUCCAGCCACUCGAUGUCGCUGCCCUGGUUCGGCAUCGGCCAGGACGUCCGCGUCUGCGAUGCCUGCCACACGCGCAGGGCGCCGCCCAAGAACGCCGCCAAGCUCUCGCGGUCCAAGAGCGUCACCUCGCCCUCCAGGUCAUCAUCUCUCUCCUCUUCCUCGGCCCCGUCCGGUCGCGGAGGUGCCGCGUCGCACCAGCGCUCGCUCACAGUCGGUGGCAAGCCGCGCAGGAGCGGCCGCAGCACAAAGGAAGACGACGACCUGGCCCUUGCCAUCAAGCUCUCCCUGGAAAGCUCUGGCGGUGCGGCCGGUCCGAGCGCCAGCGGUCCUGGUCAGACUCCUUCGGCGCCAGGCAGAGCGACGCGCCAGCCCGACGGACGCAUGCUCGAAGGGACCGACGCCGACGACGACCCGGACCUGGCCGCUGCCAUCGCGGCCAGCCUCCGAGACUGGGCACCUCCGCAGCCGAGCGCACCCGACAGCCUGCCUGCAUCGCAGCCGCAGUCGUACGCCACUGCACCGGCAGCGUCGGCCGCGGCAGCCGACACCGGCAGGGAGACCCUCAACCUGCCACCCUCGCUCGAGCUGCCACCCCAAGACGUCGACUCGCUCCUGACCUUCGCGCAGACCGUCCAGGCGCAGGAGGUGUACAACCAGCGGCAUGGCAUCUCUGGAGCGCCUCCGCACCAGCAGGCGCAGGCGCUCUAUGAAAAGGCGAGCACGGCGCGACCCAAGGUGGCCCGCAGCCUCGAGGAAGGGCACCGCAGGCAUGGCGUCCUGGUCUCGAUGCACGAGAAGCUGGCCGAGGCCGUCCGCCUCUACGACCGUCUGCUCGAUGCGCAAAUGACCCGGCCCGCGGCCUCGUACGCGCCGUACGGCCAGCCGCAGGGCGCCUACUACGGGCAGGAUCCGCGCCGCGAGGCACCUUCGCAGUCGCAGCCCGUCGCCGCCGCCGGGAGCGGAAUGUACCCCAACCUGCCUCCAUCGGGCCCCUCGGCCUCGACGGCGCCGUACGCCUUUCAACAGGGACAGCAUGGCCAGCCCUAUUAUGCCGAUCCGGCAGCCUACUACUCGCACCAGCACCAGCAAGCCCAGCACCCUCACCAGCAACUGCCCCAGCAGCAGCUGCCGCAGCAGCAUGCGCCACCGCCGCAAGACGCGGGUCCGUACGCGAUCGCGAGCACGUCGACGACUCCGCAGCCCAGGCACCACGCGCAUCAGCCAGCCCACGUUGGCUAUGGCGCCGCGCCGGACUCCAUCCAUGCCGCCGGCUCGAGCGCGGCCCAGUCGCCGGUCCAUGCCUAUGCCACGGCCACGUACCCGCAGUCGCAGCCGCAGCAGAUCUAUCCGAACCCGAACGGCGAGGCCUACGCGCAGCACGCGAGCAGCGGCUACGGCGGCGUGCUGGCGGCCAACCAGGUCGGCGCUCACCCGACCCAACCGCAGGCCUACGGCGUCGACGGCUAUGGCAAUGCGCCAGACGCGACCUCUCAGCAUUACUACGCGGGAUCGCAGACGCACACCCCUCAACCAGGCCUCGCCGGCGGCAGCGGCGGUGCAGUCGCGCCGGGACCGCCUGUCGUCGAUGGCGGCUAUGCGCAGAACGCCCAAGUCUACGAAGGCCAGGGCUACCAGACUACUGGGCUUGGCUACCCCGAGGGUGUGGCGAUGCAGUCUGGGCCCGUGACGCCGGCCGCGGGCGCUAACGGCGAGGCUGGUGCGCCCGCUGGCGCGCCCUCGCUGCCCCAUUUUGAGAAGUUGAUGAGCCCCGGCCAUGGCGCCGCGGGUCAACAGGCAAUCCCUUCGCACGCGCAGCCCGGAUCGCAGCAGCAGCAGCAGCAGCCGCAAGCUGGCUCGCUGGAGCAGGCGACGAUGCACGUCAAUGGGUUUGCCGCCCAGCCUGGCGAAGCGGCCUCUGCGCAGCGUCGCCGCUCGACCGAUACGCUCGCCUCGAGUUCGACGGGUUGGAACAAUGUCCCGAUCGAGCAAGUCAGCCCGGCCAGCGCGACCGCACCCAUGCUCAACGGCAACGGGAUCCAGCACCCUCCAGCGAACGGUCAGCCCGAGCAGCGCCCGCCCUAUCAGCAGCAGCAGCAGCAGCAGCAGCAGCAGGCGACGGCCGCUCCUCCGGCCAUCAAGACGUCGAUGGCGGCGACGACGACGACGACGCAGCCGGGUGCGCCGUACCAGCAGCAGGCGCCGAGCAGUAACGCGAGCUACCUGCCCAUCUUUCCGGUCGCCCCGCAUCCCGAAAACGGGCUGGGGCCCUCGUCGUCGCAGAGUGAGCUCGUGUCUCCGGCGAGCGCCAACACCAACGGGCGCUCGUCUGCGGGCAUGUGGCAGCAGCCAUCGUCUGCCCACCCGCAGGCGGUGGGCGAGAGUCCGCUGAUUGAGUUCUGA